AUUACAUUAGACUUUGUUAAUGUAAGUCAUGACAGCUGGGGGGUGAUGCUGCGUUUCUUUCUUAUAGUUUCAGUUUUGCUUAAUAUCAAUUUUUCUUGUAUCCUGGUACACUUUCCAACCAGCAUUAUAAUAUACUAUUAUAAAUUACAUUAUUAUAUAUGACAUCGAAGUGGUCACAUCAUAUAAAUACCUAGGUGUACAUCUGGAUAAUAAGUUGGACUGGAUCUGAACAUGGAUCACCCACUUCACAACACCUUGAUGGACCAAAGGGCCAAUGGUGGUGGACGGCUCCUCUCUCUUCACUGCAGGACAGAAAGAUUCAGAAGAUCUUUUGUACCAACAGCCAUUAGACUUUAUAACUCUUGUGUAAAUAAUAGAUAACGUUUAGAGACAUAUUUUGUGAGACAACAGACAAUUGAAUUUCCCUUCAGGGAUUAAUAAAGUUAUUCUUAUUCUUAUUCUUAACUCAGGACAAGGGUUGCAAAGCCACAUCUCUAUAAUUUUUCCGUGUAAAUACAAAUAUUACCACCAUAUUAAUUAACAACUUUUUUUAAAUCACUUUUUCUAUAUUUUUAAACUAUUCAUUUAGCUCAGCUUCCUUUGAAUUUCUCCGGAAUAAAUGAUUAAAGCUGUUGCUUUACAUUCCACAGCAGUAGGUGGCAGUGUUGCACUUUCUCCGCCAUAUUUUUUUUUUAAACAACUCGAAGAAGACGUAGGCCAACCGAACCAGAUGCUAGCCGGAGCCACACUAGCAGCGACAAUGUGAGCAAAUGAAGCUGUGAGAAGUCCACUCUGGGAGGACAGUGGCGUGGAGUCCUGUAGCCAUAUAAUAUUGAGAAGGUAAUUUAGUGAAUAGAGAAAUAUGAGUUCUAAAACUGUGGGAAAUCCAGAGCUUUUAACUGUGUUGUCGAAGGAGUAAUGCUGCUGUCUGUGAGACAUUAGCUGAAGCUGAACUCUGGGCUCUGUUGCUGUUAGCUGAAUGACACAUGCUGCAAGUUAGAGCUAACCUGCUACAUAGCAAGAGCUCCCUUUGGCUAGUUAGUUAGCCUCUGCUGAUGAUGCCUUCAGGUGCUUCUUAUGGACUUAGUCUUCUGACAACAUGAUUAGCAAAUUGAAUUUACUGACGCAUCCAGUAAUAGCUAAUAGCUCCACCAUCAAUCUGUUUGACAUGACCUGGCAGGUGAUUAUUACUGUGUUAUAUAUUAUUGCAGCGUUCAACUUGGGGGGAAAAAAAGUCAACAAAAUCUGAAAAUGUUGAAGCUUUGCAAAAGUUGUUGUUGUGUUGCGUUACAUCAGAUUGCCCGGGUGUUUCUAAUAUUUUGGCUUGUUUGUGUACAAGUCUACAUGCCUUUUACUUCUUGUGCAAAUGUAGAACAAAUCAAUUUUAGUCUCAGUGUCAAAUAUAAACUAUUAUAUUCGAAAUUCAAGGUAGUGAUGAGUUUACACAAACAGUCACCCUAAUGGUUGAGUAAAGUUUGUGAACUCAGUCUUUGGUAACCAUGGGAACCCCUUUAAAAGAAGAAAGUAAGAAAUGUUUUCAAAUGUGUUACUUUAUAUGCUUGAAGUGAGCAAAACCUUGUGAAAGCACACUUACCUAUUACCUAAGAAGUUAGGUUAUGUACGAGGGUUGAGAAGUACAGGGUAACUCAUGAUGUAAGAGGACAAGAUACCUGAUCCGCCCGUUGCCCAUAAUAUCACUGAACAGCAAUGUGGCAAUUAUUGAUUACUUGCCAGAAAAUCAUUUAAUGAUGCGUCAUGAUAUCGGAUUGACUGCAGAGUACAAAAUGCCAGUUAUGUGAUUAAUGCCUCUGUGAGGAGAGGGAAAGUUGUGACAGUGAUUCUGUUUGGGAGGAAAAUCUGCUCAGAGCACCGUAUUAUUUUCAAAUCAAAAUGUCAGGAGUUGCAUUAUGGUGAUUAUGUUGCAUGACUUGGGAAAACAAUACAUUGCAGUAACAAUAUUAUUACCCACCUCCAUUUUGUAUUCUGGACUCAUAGACUGCUGUCUUCAACCAUUGUUUUUAAUCUGUAUGACAGCUAAAGUUAGAAGAAACAUGUACUAUGAAUCACUCUCUGCACAUAAAGCUAAGUGUUUUUUUCUCAACUCAAUAAAAUACCACUUAUAGAGAGAGCCUUUCUGAUAAACCUAAAUACGGCUUACUGUCAUGGCUUGAGCCCAAAAGUGAAGCACAAUUUCAGCUUCAAUAUUUACACUUUCAAAACAGGAAAGUGACUUUUAUUUGCUUUAUUUAAAUGACUAGCAAAUAUCCCCUCGUCCUGCGACAUAUCCAGCUUCAUAACAUUAGCUGGAGGGUUUAGGCCACUUUGUUAGUCUCAGUAACAGUUGAUUUGAGUUAUCCUGGCUUUCCAAAAUAAAUAAUAAUGCAAUCAAUGACAUUUUGCAAAAUCGGCAAUCAUAAUCUUUUCUAAAUGAAAACUAAUUUUUCCCAUCAGAAAUAAAAACAUAUCAAAUCAAAAACAGUACCUGGCUAGUUUUGAACUGAAGUUCUCUUAUGACGUAUGGAAUAAUUGAAUAAUGGAAUAAUAAGCUCAUUAUUGCUUCUGACAUAAAUUGCUGUCAUGUUCUGAUGAAACAGAUUAGUGCAUGACUUCCUUUUUUAUCAUAAUUUCAGACAGAUGAACAGAAAUCAUAAGUCCCUUGCAGCAAUAUUUUACUGAGCCAAAUAUUUUUCUGUCUACAUUAAUUUGAUAAAAUAUUUAUUCAAGCUCAACAUUUUUUUUUGUCCUUUGACAUUAAUAUUACAUUGUUUUAUUUUGUCAAAUGCAAAACAAAAGCAACAACGUGAUAUCUGCAUCAUUAUAUCUGCCAUUGUUAACGUGUUAGCCAGAUUAGACUCGACUCCCCUCUGUUGGGGAUUUGUUGGAUUGAAAUAAACUACCUGGGUUCCAGUUUUGCUGUAGAGUGCCUGUCAGGUCUGUCAGUGGAGGAAAAACAAACAACUUUUAAAGUGCAUGUGUUAGCUGCAGGGUUUUGCAGGAUGCUGACUGGUGGUUUGAUCGGCUGUUUCUGUUUCUGUCUAAGACGAGGGAAAAUCUCAACCUGAUCAAUUCUUGCUCAGGUGGAAGUUUUUAAGCAGCACACCUAUUCUGACAGAUGUUAAAGGUUAGGACAUCGUCCUCAGGACAAACUAGAAAUAUUUAAUGUUUGCUUGCUUUCUCGUUUGCAUUAAUGUCUGUCACAAAUAAAUAUCACACUAUCAAAUCUUCAUAGUUCAACCAUGUUCUUGGACUAGAUGCAGAGAAAGGUUUCUCAUUCCAGAGCAGAGCUGGCAAGUGCAAGAUGAUAGAUGUUGGUGGUGGUUGGUCGUAAACAUUCAGGCCAGGCUUCCUUUUUCAGUCAGUUGAGCCAUCCACGUUAGUUCAGCCAAGGCAGAUAGAGUUUACACACAAUGUUAGAUCAAACUGCAGAUUGUUUGCUCUUUGCUUGGUUGGCUGUAGUAUUCAAACUUAGAGGGUUAAAGAUGGAUUAAGUCAGGGGUGGUAGAGAUUGUUGUUGCCUGUUAGGGAAAGUUUUGAGGGUUCAAGAAUUUGGGGCUUAAUGUCAAAGGUCAAAAUGCAGUUUCCUGCAAAACUCAUGUACUCAGCCUUCAUGGGGAACGCUCAAGCAACCUUUGCUUUUUUUAGGAACUGCAGUGUGUGUGAAUUUUUUUAUUUUUAGAUGAUGGAUGAUCUAUCUGCAGCACUUCCACUUUUAAGCAUUCAGUGCUACACCUACAAUUGGACAUUGAUGCAAUAGCUGAGGCCCUUGAGAUUAAGUUUUUUUAAUCUCAGAAUCCAUCAGCUGAUUUUUGAUGAUGGUAAGCCCCCAAGAUUGUUUUUUUAAGGUCAUUUAAAGAGGCAGUGGCACUUAAAAUCUUCUUUCUCAAGUACAGGGACAAGACAAGGGCAAGUAAAAGACACCAUCUUAAGAGAAAACCCACUCUGUUGAACAAGGCAGGGGAUUAAAGGUUAUUACGCCAACCUUUAAAGUUGGAAUUGGGACAUUUUUUUGCAGGUUUUCACAAUGCGGCGAGGGGAGCACGUUGCACGGGCUUUCCAGGCCCCUGUGGAUGUCCACGCCAGUGCGGACGGACAGGUGUAUAUGUUCAGGAAGGUACCCAAUGAGGCUGCUGCAUCCUCAGAUGAUGAGGAGCUCACUGUCCUGGAGACAAAGCCUUUGGUUUUCAGAGAGCUUGGGCAGGACAGACUGAAGAAUGUGCAGCUGCUGGAGCGGGAGGUGUUAGAUGGUGACAGUCUCAACAAGCUGGCACUACAAUAUGGCUGCAAGGUAAAGAUUUUGGGCACUGUAGUUUUUUUUAAAGACGUUUAUUAAUCUAGGGGCAUGAUGUAUGAAAACAUAAAUGGCUUAUCUCGUGUUUUUGUCAACAGGUUGCGGAUAUAAAGCGAGUGAACAACCUUAUGCAGGAGCAAGAUCUAUUUGCACUGAAAUCUAUAAAGAUACCGGUUCAGAAACACAGCCUUUUAACUGAGACUCCACUAGACCCCAGUGAACCUCUAGAAGAAACGCCUCAUUCAUCCACUACAGGAGUGAAGCCUCAGGACAGAUCCAGAGCUGUGCCACACCUACAGGAGGUCACAGACUUUCUAAUGGAGGUGGACCAGGAUAUUGAGAAACUGAUUCAGACCACUGAUGAUAAAGACGAGGAUAUUCUGGAUAACUCAGAGCACCGGCGGAGGUUUGGUUCGAAAGGACAGCGCCUGACUGGUCAUGGUGCCGACUGGGGGAUCCAUUGGUGGAACGCUGUAGUGGCUAUGCUCCUCAUAGGCAUCGUCCUGCCAUUGUUUUAUGUCAUUUAUUUCAAAACUAAAAAUGAUGUUGCCGUUUCACCAACAGAUGGCAGCGCAGCAACACAGGCUGCCACCACCUCUUCAAACACCUCAGGGAUGAGCUUUUCUACAGGAGGAGCUGGAUAGUGAAGGUUUAAACCCACAAAGAAUCCAGAGAGAAUAUAUAUUUUUAAAAAAGAUGGGUGAAAUGCUUCUAGAGCCAAGAUGAAGCAAAACACCUCCACCUAAGUGCAAUACCACUGCAUGGCUACUUACAACCAGCAAGAACAUUAUUCACAAUAAAUGUGACGUUUGAGGCAUGAGAGAUCGCUCUCUGUUGUUAUUACACAAAGAAACAACACCGACAUUUUGACUCAAUAGCUCACAUGUAGCUGCUAUUUGGAAAAUUCUGCUUAGAAAAGCUUUAGAUGAUGUCAGGUUUCUAAAUCUGAGGCCCUGAAUUGAGCCUGAUCUCUGUAGGAUUUUUUGUAGAAAUUCAAACUUAAGAGAAUUAAAAUAAAAUCAGUCACUUUGAAUAUGCCGUCCUUUAUAGAGAAUAUAUUUAACUGGAAUGUAUUUUUUUCCUUUUUUGUUUUUGUACUUAGAUGAAACACCAGUUUUGCACCUGUUGCAGGGUCUUUGGUACAGAUACAUCUUUGAUAGACCUUCAUGUGCCAGCUAUCAUAUCAAUCAGGCCCGAGCAUUGAAUGAUUAUGCAGAUGUUUUUGUGAAGGCUUAAAAAUGAUGUGCCUUUUUUUACCAGUGCCUGUUAUCAGUAUUAAUACACCACCACUUCAAUCCUAUGAAUGUUAGUCAUCAGGUACAAUCGAUCACAUCUGUGGAUAAAGUUUUAUAUUUUGAAACUUGAGCUUCAAAUCAUAAGAUGUUAGAAAUCUCCUGUAGUCGUCUCUCUGAAUCUUGGUGAUGUUGAACCGUAUUUGACACGAGUUUGAGCAUUUUUUGUGUGCCUUGUUAAUUUAUUUAUUUUUUGUCUGUGUUUGCUGUUAAGUUAUUGCCAUGCACUUCAUACCUGCUCUGUAGGUCUAUAAACAAAGGUAAAAGGAAAAGCUGUGUUUACAGUACAUGUUUGGUACAAUUUAUUUAAAUUAGAUUGUAUGUUUUCAUUUGACAUUUUGCAAUCAUUGAAACAAGAUUUUUGUGUUUCAAAAUGACGCACAGUUAUUUAGAAGUCCCUCAAAUGAACCAUGAGAUAAAUCAAAGUGCCUUAAACUUUUUGUAGUAUUACACACUCUGUCUUACUGUGAGCUUGUAUGGCCUAUCUGAAGCACUUUCUAAGCCAGGAAAUGUUAAAUGCAGUAAAACUGUGACAGGUAUAUUAAUUGACAUAUUUUCAAAUAAUUAUGUGAAUUUGUACGACAAUUUGGAUGGAAAAUUGACAAUAAAUGUACAAGUUUGUUUCUCCAGCA